GGGCGAGACCUGGCCAAUGCCCUGCUGACUGAUGGAUUCUUGGCCACAGUUCACAAAUUAUGGAGCUGAUACUGCUAAUGGUUGCCAGAUAAAACUCAGUUACUCAGCAGACAUGGCUCCCCAGUCCCAGGAGAAGAAAACGGUUUUAGAUGUCGGGACAUGGGAGCAGAUAUUUCAAGAACUGAUGCAGCAGGAGAAGCCCCGGGCCAGAUGGACCCUGAAAAUGGAUGCAAAUCUUGAGCCAAGUUGCCUUGCAGAAGGGUGGAAACAAUACGAGCUGAAAGGAUUCGGCAGGUACUUUUUCGAAUUGGAAGAGAUCUCAGAGACUGAGGCCAGGCAGGCCCACCUCCUUUGGGUCAGCAAUCACCUGAAGGCUCACGGCCUUGUUCCUUUUAUCUGCAGGUUCCAGUGUUCCUCAUGCCAUCGGAAUUGGGCUUCUGCUCACGUGCAUAUCCUAUGUCAUAUGUACCUGGAGCCCCACAAAUCUCAGGGUCAGGUGAUUAUGCGCCUCUUUGCUCAGAGGUGCAAGAGGUGCUCCUGGUCUCGAUUUGAGAACCCUGAGUUCUCGCCGGAGAGUACCAUGAGGAUUCUGAAAAAUGUGGUGAUGCGUAUUCUGAAGAAAUUCUAUGACAAUGGCUUUAGGAAGUUUUCCGAGCUACCUAUCAUCCGGGAGGUGCCUUUGGAUGGGUCCCAUGACACAAAAAAUUGUGAAGGAUGCUCUCUCGGCUUCUGUGCACUCAGAUUACAAAACAACACGACGGAGCCACCAAUAUCCCCGUUCUCUUACAUGGACAUUAGGAGCUCCUCAUCUCCCACUGCUCAUGUGUCCAGCCAAAACCAGUGGAAUGGGUAUUGUUUUGUCCAUAAGGGGUCAGGGCCCAGCCACACCACUGCUGAGCCCAAAGGGGAGACGAGUGGGCAGCCCACCCCAAGGGCAGACAGGGGGGCUGUAAAGAGAAAUUUACAAUCCACACAGGGGGCGGCACCACAUGCCCCCCAAAGGACAUACUCUGAGGUCGUCAGGAGGACAGGCCAACAGUCCACACAGCAAGCAUGUUCACAAGCCACACAAGGAGCAGGCAUGCAGACCACACAGGGGACAGACCCAAAGACCAUGUUGAGGACAAUCCCAAAGGAUACAUCAGGGUCAGACACUCAGACUACAGGGAAAAUAGUCCUCUUCAGGUCAAACCCACAGCUCACAAGGACAGACUCCAUGGCCACACAUGGGGUUUCAACCACCAAUGGAACUCAAGCUGCCUGGAGAAGUUCACCCAGAAACGCUGCUCCAAACGGCUUUGGCAUUUAUGCUCUACUAAGGCCACAAGAUAACUUCAUACGCAAUGAUACAUUGGACAUAUUAUUCUUCUGUGGUAUUGUUUUCCUUGCCACUGUAAUAGGCAGAUGCUUUAACUAAGGAAGAUGGCAAUAAGCUUCUAUUCUUUUGUCUUAAUUCCAUGAUAAUCAGUGAACUGGUUGCCAUUUUAAUAUGACGCAGAAUAUGCUUUGAGACCAAGCAGGGUCAAGUUUGUUAAGAAUAAACACUAGUUUUCUAGAUAUCCUUAGCAGAUAGUCUAAAACAUAACCUAGCAGAUAAUGGACCCAGUAAGAAAUAUUUGGUGACUCAUUAAAAGCUCUUUAUUAAUCCAUCCACUCAUUCACUUAUUGGUAUCAAUGUGCGUGUGUAUCUAUAUACACUACAUCUUGACAAAAACUGAGGGCCAUGAGUGUUAUCAGAAAGUUAUUGUGGUAGGCAGAAUAAUGCCCCCCCAAGGUUAUCCAUGUCCUAAAUCCCAGAAACUGUACAUAUGUCACUUUACAUAGCAAAAAGGAUUUUACAGAUGUGAUUAAGUUAAAGAUCUUGUGAUGAGGCGCUCAUCCCACAUUAUCUGAAUGGGCCCAUUGUAAUCACAAUUGUCCUUAUAGAAGGAAGGCAAGAACGUCAAUGUGAGAAAAAGGAGAUUUAAUGAUGGCAGGAGAGCUUGCAGUGAUGGGCUUUGAAGGUGGAGGAAGCAGCCAGGAGCCAAGAAACACAGGCAGCUCUAGAAGCUCAUAGAGACAAAGAAACAGAUGUUCUCCCAGAGCCUCCGGAAGGAACCAGUUCUGCUGACGCACGACUUCAGCCCAGUGAGACUGAUUUUAGGCUUUGGAGCUUCAGAACUCUAUGAUAAUAAAGUUGUGUUGCUUUAAGUCA